AAGCAAUCGCAUGUUCCGUAUAAUUUUCUCAGAGAAUCUCUCUGUUCCUGAUCCGAAGACAACGAAGACGACGACGAAGAUAAAGACCCAUGUUUUAUUUUCUCGGGAAACAAUGUCAGUAGAUUCCAGAAUUCAUUCUUCUUCUUCCUCAUUUUUCUGACAGAUUUCCCUCAGAUUGUAUCUUUCAUCGUUGUACUUGGAGAAGUGUGAGGCAAAAUUACAACGGUUGCCUUGCCUUCCUCAAUGCAUUAGGAGCUUGGUCGUCGGCGAACUAUUCUUUUCCGUUGAAGGUAUCACUGUCUGCUUGACUGAUUUCUUUAGCCAUAAUGCGAUUCCUGAAUCGAUGAUUCCUCGGAAAAUUCGAAGCACUGUGUCUUAACCUCGAAUCCGGCGUCGGAAUCUCAUCGAAAUCGGACUCCAGCGUAAUGCAGGAGUAGAAAAGCUUGGAUUUCGUCUCCCCGAUUCCCCCGAUUGUCUGAAACCCCAGCACAGUAGAGGAAAACCGAGAGAAGAAGAGAAAAUGGCUCAUUCAUGGGAUCAUUUGGGGGAGAUUUCGUCAGUGGCGCAGCUCACGGGGCUCGACGCCGUGAGAUUGAUCGGAAUGAUCGUGAGUGCGGCGAACACUGCCAGGAUGCACAAGAAGAACUGUCGGCAAUUCGCUCAGCAUCUUAAGCUCAUCGGAAACUUGCUCGGACAGCUUAAAAUCUCUGAGUUGAAGAAGUACCCAGAGACCAGAGAGCCGCUCGAGCAGCUCGAGGAUUCUCUGAGGCGUUCUUACAUCCUGGUCAAUAGUUGUCAGGACAGGAGCUACCUUUACUUGUUGGCAAUGGGUUGGAACAUUGUUUACCAGUUCCGGAAAGCUCAGAGCGAGAUCGAUCGUUACCUCAAGAUCAUACCUCUCAUCACUUUGGUCGACAAUGCUCGCAUAAGGGAGAGGAUAGAGGUGAUUGACCGUGAUCAGCGCGAGUACAUUUUGGACGAGGAGGAUAGAAAGGUGCAAGAUGUUAUUCUGAAGCAAGAAUCCACCAAAGAAGCGGCCUCGGUUCUGAAGAAAACGCUCUCUUGUUCCUACCCGAACCUGGCUUUCUGCGAAGCGUUAAAGAAGGAAAAUCAGAAACUGCAGCUUGAACUUCAGCAUUCGCAGUCGCAUUAUGAUGUGAAUCAGUGUGAAGUUAUUCAGCGUUUAAUCGAUGUUACAGAAGCCGUUGCUUCUGUUGAUUCUUACCCAGAAAAGGACUCUUCUAAGAAAAGCUACCAUAAAGACGCCAGCGACAAGAAAGAGUCUUCAUAUGACAGUAGUCGUUCAUCUUCGAGGACCGCGUCUUCUGUUUCGUCCGGACAUGAUCUUCUUUCAAGCCGAGCAUCACAUCACCAUGAAGAAUGGGAGACUGACUUGCUGGAUUGUUGUUUAGACCCUUCUCUAUGCUUGAAGACAUUCUUCUUCCCUUGCGGCACAUUGGCAAAGAUCACAACUGUAGCAACUGACAGGCACACCUCGUCAGCUGAAACAUGUAACGAGCUAAUGGCGUAUUCUCUGGUAUUGUCAUGCUGCUGCUACACUUGCUGCAUAAGGGGAAAGCUCCGGAAGAGGCUGAACAUCACGGGAGGAUUCAUCGAUGAUUUUCUCUCGCAUCUCAUGUGUUGUUGCUGUGCCCUUGUUCAAGAAUGGCGAGAAGUCGAGAUCCGUGGAGCUUACGCUCAGGAGAAGACCAAAGUCAGCCCCCCCAGUUCCCAGUUCAUGGAACACUGAAGAAGAGUUGCCGUGACAAAGUCCUUCAUUGUCUUUUACCACGUGGGAAAAUAUAUUUUUAGGUGAAGGUGAUGCAAAUGUUAUCUGUUGUCUCUCACAACAUGAAACUUCUCCAAGAACUGCUUUUGUCUUUCGUUUCAUCCAUGACGUCAACUUAUGUAAAUUCAGUUCCUUUGUAUCAAACAACUAAAUUCUUUUUUUUUUUUUCUA